GGGCUGGCCACGCAGGCGCGGGGGGUAGCGCCGAGAACCCCACGCGGGAGCUUCUGGAGUCUCCAACCACCGCUUCUCACUUCACUGGAGAAGGGGCUGGGGCCGGCAGGGAGCUAAUAAAGAGUGAAUGAGCUGCAGCCGCUGUAGCGGCUGGAGUCAGCCCGAGCGGCACCCGAACCGUGCGCCCGGGAGGCGGCGAGGGGAGGCGGUUCGCCUCGUCCCUCCCAUCCGCCCCUUUUUCUCUCUCUUCCUCAAGCUGGUCCCAGAGCCCGGCUCCGUCCGGUUCCUCUUCCCUAUCCCGCACUCUUCCACCUCCUCUACGUCCCACUCCUCACCUAGGGCACCCCGAUUUGCCAUGGGUUAGGGUGGGGGCCUCGAGCCGCGGGAAGGACCAGCCCUGUGCAUCCAUCCGCCGGGGGGCGCGGAGCCCGGACGCCGCUCGCUGCUCGCGGGCGCCGGGCAUGUGGAGCGCGGUGUGAGCCCGCACCCGGGGAGGACGCAGGCGCUGCGGAGACGGGCUGAGGAGGAGGAAGAGAGCGGUGGAUUGGAAGGACCGAAGGGAGGGAGAGGACGGAGGGUGGGGAAGCGAGGGAAAAGUGAAGCUGGGAGGAGAAGGCGGCGGAAGGUGGGGAUUGAUGCUUCUGUUUUUUGUUGCCGCUGCUGCCCUCGCGCUGGGAGCCGAGCCGGAGGGAAGGCGGUGGAGAGAUGAUUGCAGAGUUGGUGAGCAGCGCUCUGGGGCUCGCCUUGUAUCUCAACACCCUAAGUGCGGAUUUCUGCUAUGAUGACAGCCGUGCUAUCAAGACUAAUCAGGAUCUUCUCCCAGAAACUCCAUGGACGCACAUUUUCUACAAUGAUUUUUGGGGGACUCUUCUCACCCACAGUGGCAGCCACAAGUCUUACCGGCCCCUCUGCACACUUUCUUUUCGCCUGAACCAUGCCAUCGGAGGGCUGAAUCCCUGGAGCUAUCAUCUUGUCAACAUCCUACUGCAUGCGACAGUCACUGGUCUCUUCACGAGCUUCUCCAAGAUACUCCUUGGCGACGGGUACUGGACCUUCAUGGCGGGCUUGAUGUUUGCCUCUCACCCCAUUCACACGGAGGCGGUGGCCGGAAUCGUCGGACGGGCCGAUGUGGGGGCCAGUCUUUUCUUUCUCCUCUCCUUGCUCUGCUACAUUAAGCACUGUUCUACAAGAGGCUACUCAGCAAGGACUUGGGGCUGGUUCCUGGGGACAGGACUGUGUGCAGGAUGCAGCAUGUUGUGGAAGGAACAAGGAGUGACUGUUCUCGCAGUCUCCGCAGUUUAUGAUGUCUUUGUCUUUCACAGGCUGAAAAUGAAACAGAUCUUACCUACCCUUUACAAAGGGAAGAACUUGUCUCUUUUCCUCAGCAUUAGUUUGUUAACUUUCUGGGGUACUUCCCUUUUGGGUGCCCGUUUAUACUGGAUGGGAAACAAACCACCGAGCUUUUCCAACUCUGACAACCCAGCUGCCGAUUCGGACAGCCUCCUGGCUCGCACGCUCACCUUCUUCUACCUGCCCACCAAGAACCUCUGGCUGUUGCUCUGCCCAGAUACUCUCAGUUUUGAUUGGUCAAUGGAUGCCGUGCCUCUGCUCAAAACAGUUUGUGACUGGAGAAACCUACACACCGUGGCCCUCUAUGUUGGGCUCCUCCUCCUUGCCUACUAUGGUUUGAAGAGCCCAAGCAUGGACAGAGAAUGCAAUGAGAAAUUUGUAAGCAAUGGCAAGCAGAAUGCCAAUGGACAUAGCUGCCAUUCAGAUGUGGAGUGCCGGAACUCAGAGAUUAAGCCCAGCUUUGCAUCCAAAGUCGAGAAUGGCAUUAAAAAUAAUGUGUCCCAGAGAACACAACUUCCUUCUACCGAGAACAUCGUUGUUCUGUCUUUAUCUUUGUUAAUCAUACCCUUUGUUCCUGCCACGAACCUGUUUUUCUAUGUCGGUUUUGUAAUUGCUGAGCGAGUAUUGUAUAUUCCUAGUAUGGGCUUCUGCCUCCUCAUUACAGUGGGUGCCAGAGCCCUGUAUGUUAAAGUCCAAAAGCGGUUCCUCAAGAGCUUGAUUUUUUAUGCUACAGCUACUUUAAUUGUUUUCUAUGGACUCAAGACUGCAAUCAGGAAUGGAGACUGGCAGAAUGAGGAAAUGCUGUAUAGGUCAGGGAUAAAAGUAAACCCAGCUAAAGCAUGGGGUAACCUUGGAAAUGUUCUGAAGAGUCAGAGCAAAAUUUCUGAAGCUGAAAGCGCCUAUAGAAAUGCUUUGUACUACCGUAGCAACAUGGCUGACAUGCUUUAUAAUUUAGGGUUGCUUCUACAGGAGAACAGCAGGUUUUCGGAAGCACUGCAUUAUUAUAAAUUGGCGAUCGGGAGCAGGCCUACACUGGCUUCUGCAUAUUUAAACACCGGUAUUAUUCUGAUGAACCAAGGAAAGACAGAAGAAGCGCGACGCACUUUUCUGAAGUGUUCUGAGAUCCCUGAUGAAAACCUAAAGGACCCUCACGCGCACAAGAGCUCGGUUACCAGCUGUCUGUACAACCUGGGCAAACUCUACCACGAGCAGGGCCGCUAUGAGGAUGCCCUUAGUGUGUAUAAGGAAGCAAUUCAGAAAAUGCCAAGGCAGUUUGCCCCACAGAGCUUGUACAACAUGAUGGGUGAAGCAUACAUGCGAUUAAGCAAAUUCCCUGAAGCAGAGUACUGGUAUAUGGAAUCAUUGAGAUCCAAGACUGACCACAUUCCUGCUCACCUCACCUAUGGGAAGCUGCUGGCUCUAACAGGUCGUAAGAGUGAGGCUGAAAAAUUCUUCUUGAAGGCUAUUGAGCUGGAUCCUACCAAAGGAAACUGUUACAUGCAUUAUGGUCAGUUUCUUCUGGAAGAAGCUCGCCUCAUAGAAGCGGCCGAGAUGGCCAAAAAAGCAGCUGAACUGGACAGCUCGGAGUUUGAUGUGGUCUUCAAUGCUGCCCACAUGCUCAGACAGGCUAGCCUCAAUGAAGCAGCCGAGAAGUAUUAUGACCUGGCGGCCAGGCUGAGGCCUAAUUAUCCGGCCGCUCUAAUGAACCUGGGAGCCAUUCUGCACCUCAAUGGCCGACUCCAGAAGGCAGAGGCCAAUUACCUGCGGGCGCUGCAGCUUAAGCCGGAUGACGUCAUCACGCAGUCCAAUCUCCGCAAGCUCUGGAACAUCAUGGAAAAGCAAGGCUUAAAGACUUCCAACACCUGACACAGGGGGGCAAUACCUCCUCCUCCUCCAUCUUUCAAAGCUGGCUUCAUUAAUGAACAGACCUUCCCGACAGUUCUAUGACAAGAGCUAGUUUGGACUUCAAGACCAAGGCAGAAGUCACCGAGGUCAUUGUCACUUCUGGGAGUAUCCACUCUGCUCUUGGCACAGCCAUUAACACCAAAAAAAGGGGUGGGGACAUUGGAAACCUCCUGAAGGAUGUAAUUGUUACCCAUAGAACUAAACCGGAGCACUUAAAACAGGAUCUUUUGGCAUUUUUAAAGAGGAGAUGGGGUAUACAUUUUAAAUUGUGUUCCUUUUUAAAAGCUAAUUUAGAAAUUAUAUUGUUCCUUAAACACUGUGAGAGGAAGUCGGAGUAUCUAUCCAUUCAGCCACUGUAAACCAUUAAGGUCAAGUGUUCAUAGGGAGUGAUUAAAGUGUAGUGUGAAUCGUAGUGAGCUGGCUGGUUGUCCCGGCGCUGCUGUCUUUCCUCUUUGGGACAGCCUGCUAACAAUUUCUGAAACUUAAAAAACUUUUUUCCUUUUUUUUUUUUUAAAUACUGUCAGAAUCUGUCAUAAUCUACAGUUGUUUCUUGACUGUACACAUACCAUUUUAUGAUUUGGAGGUCUGUCUUCACCCUUUUGGGCAUCAUUUGCUUUUCAUAUUCUGGAAAGGGUAUGCAGAGUAGAGCAAACCACAUUUCACAUUGGUGUUGUAGGAGGGGUUGGGGAGGCUUCAUACGUGUCAGGCAGGCAGUUUUUACUUCAAUGUCACCAACAUUUUCCCCAAAAACGGCCUAGGAGAAUUCACUAUAUUAACUCUUAGGCCUUUGAAAUUGCCUUUCAAAAUGGCUAUUCUUGGCUAAUGCACAUGCUUGUAGAAGGAUUAUAUCAAAGAAAAGUUAAACAUGUUCUAGUACCAAUAACUGACCAUCAGCUAUUAGACAAAAGGGAAGAUGCUUUGUGCUUUCCAGAUGUUACUGGUUAACAGAAUAAAGUCUGCUCAAAGGCAUGUAUAAUAACGGUUGCCAAUGAUUUUACGUUUUGGAAAACAUUGGUUUUCCAAAUUCUAAUUACUUUCUAAUAGGUACCUAAACAGCAAUGCUGAUAAAUUUUUAAGGAAUUGUUUUAUCGUAUUUUUCAUAUUUUGCUCUUCCUAAAACACAUUUAAAAAAAUGGUUUCUUACUUUAAGUCGCAGUAAAGUGUAGCAUUAGCCUGCCUGUUCCUAGGUCUUCUGCCAAGUGCUUUUCACAGUUAAAACCAUUUUUCACUAACAAAUUUGGUAUUUUAUUUCAUUACCUAUUAGUAGCACUUCAACAAUCAUUUCACAAGUAAAAGACUGUAAAUGAAGUAGAGAAGAACAUUUAUUGAACCUUUUUUUGACUUGCAGUCAAACUUUGCUACUAAAAAUUGACUUUAUAAAAACAACAGUCCACUAUCAGCUUCUUCAUAAAGAGAGUAGCUAUACAAUACCCUACAUAUUUAUUUAUUUAUUAUUCUACCAUAGCAAAAUAACAAAACAAAACCUGAUUCAUUAAGCCAGUUCCUUGCAACUGAAAAUUAGCUUUUUCUCCUUUACACUCAUACCCCAUGUAUAUAUGGUCAGCAUUCCCAUUAAAGGGAAGCUGGACAUGCAAACAUGUCAUACUAUGUUGUCUCCAUAUUUUAUAUGUUUUUCUGCAUAUCUGAAUACAGUGGGAUAAGGAAUUUAAAGUAGUGUACCUAUGACAUUUAGUGUUAUUUUAAGAAGGUCAAACGUAGUGAGAGAGAUUUGUUGAUGGCAUUAAUAAGAAGGCCCUCCUUAUAUGUAUAUUAUUUUGUAAACAUUUCACUUAAGGGCCAAAAGUUAAAUUAUAACUAAAUCGCAGUGUUCUCAGAAUGAUAUUUAACACUUAACAGCAACAAACCCGUGGUCAAACCAAAAGUGUGGGUUGAAGUGUAUUUUUCAUCUUCUACUGCAUUGGCAAUUGCAAAAAUAAAUAAAUAAAUAAGGAAUUUAAUAUAAGGAUAUAGAGAUGAAUUCAAUGUCUAACAUUUUUAUUUAUUUAAAUAGUUAUUGACCUAUGAUGACUUCCUAAACACUUUAUGUCUUUUUAUUGUUAUUGUUCUUCCUUUCGAAACACCUGGUUCUUAAUAGGUUCGUUGGUUGCACAGUAGAAGCACUUCAUGUUGACCCAGUUCCCAAGUAGCAUUAGUAAUUGGGCCUGCGUCAUAAAAUGCAUGGAUCUUUAAUAACAAAAUGUCCCUGACACUUUUCAUUACAGGGCUGGGCUAAGACCAACCUGGGGCGUGGGCUGGGGUGGGGCUUAAGAACAUGGUCAAAAAAUGUCUCCGCUCAGGGAUUUAUGGUGGAUUAUUGCAGACAGUGCUAAAAAUAUAGAGCACAAGACAAGUUUACUAAAUUAAAAUUUUAUUUUUUGAAAAACUGUUAUUUGUAUAAAUUAUCAAGAUUUGUAGGCUUUCCUUUUGUAGAAAUAAUUGUUUUAUGUGCCAGAGAAUUUCAAUUUUGUUUUCCACAAUAAAGCAUUGAUAACAAAUA